AUGGGUCCUCGCUUAUUUCUCUGUAGUAUGAUGCUUGUUGCUUGUGCAAUGAGUACUGUGACAAUGCCAGUUGAAGCUCGCCACCUUCUAGAAUCUUCCUUGCCGGAGCAUCCUGAGGCAGAGGUGCCUAAGCUGGAAGUACCUGAACUUUCAAAGCCUACCAUGCCUGAGCUUCCGAAACCUACAAUGCCCAAACUCCCAAAACCUGUCCUUCCCGAGUUGCCUAAGCCAACACUGCCUGAACUUCCAAAACCCACAUUACCAGAGCUUCCUAAACCCACCGUGCAUGAAGUACCCAAGCCAACACCGCCAGAGUUACGGAAGCCUAAAUUACCUGAGGAGCCUAAGCCAACUGAGCACGAUUCCCCCAAGGCUAAAUUGCCAGAAAUGCCCAAGGCUACAUUGCCUGAGCUGCCAAAGCCCACAAUCCCUGAGUUUCCCAAGGUCACUAUUCCCGAGCUGCCCAAGCCUACAUUGCCCGAGUUGCCCAAGAUCACUAUUCCUGAGCUACCCAAGCCCACUAUUCCUGAGCUGCCCAUGCCCGCAGUGCCUGAGAUGCCAAAACCCACAAUGCCUGAAAUGCCCAAACUUACAAUGCCUGAGUUGCCAAAGCCCACCAUACCUGAAAUGCCCAAACUUACAGUGCCUGAGCUGCCAAAGCCCACCUUGCCUGAACUCCCUAAGUUUGGCAUCCCAGGCAAACCUUGA